CAAAACCUCACUGGAUCCAGACGAUCAAAGACAUUGAAGUUGCUGUAGAGGACACCUUAUACUGGGAUUGCAGAGCAAGUGGGAAGCCCAAGCCAUCAUACAGGUGGCUGAAGAAUGGAGACCAACUGUCAGUAGAGGGAAGGAUCCAAAUUGAAAAUGGUGCACUUACAAUAUCAAAUCUAAAUCUGACAGAUUCUGGCAGAUACCAAUGCAUAGCUGAAAAUAAACAUGGUGUCAUCUAUUCGAGUGCAGAGCUCCGGGUUGUAGCUUCUGCUCCAGAUUUUUCGAAGAAUCCAAUGAAGAAACUGAUCCAGGUUCAAAUAGGCAGCACAGUUGAUUUUGAGUGCAAACCCAAAGCUUCCCCUAAGGCCAAGUGUUCUUGGAAGAAGGGAGGUGAGCAGCUACACGAAAAUGAAAGAAUCACGUUAUUAAAGGAUGGAGGACUCAGAAUAGCCAAUGUGACCAAAGCUGAUGCUGGAAGCUACACAUGCCUGGCAGCAAACCAGUUUGGAACAGCCAGUGGCUCAACAAACUUAAUAGUUACAGAGCCAACCAGGAUUAUUUUGGCACCUUCCAACAUGGAUGUCACUGUCGGAGAAAGUGUCGUCUUGCCUUGCCAGGUUCAGCAUGAUCCUGUACUGGACAUCAGCUUCACCUGGUAUUUCAAUGGAACGCUCACUGAUUUCAAGAAAGACGCUUCUCAUUUUGAGAAGGUUGGAGGG